CUUCUUCAUCCGAUCCUCUCGCCCCUUCUCUAGUUUCACUAAUUGGACCCUUAUUGCUUUGCCGUCUCUAAUAAUGAUCGCUCAUGCAAAUGACAGCAAAACAGAAAUCCAGGAGCAGCAGCAACAGGAGGAGAAGCUGCCCUAUACUACUAGCGAAAGCCUUAAAGCAUUACCGGAGAGUAAGAGGUUUAUCGAGCCAACGCCUGAAGAGAUACGUCUAUUGGUGCGGAAACAGGAUCGUGUCUUGAUGCCCUUGAUGAUGUUGAUAUAUUUGUUUUUUGAUUUGGGUGGAAUUACACUUGGCAAUUCCAAGCUAGCAGGAUUGAUGGAGGAUAUUGACAUUACUGAGGAUCAAUUCAACUGGGCAGCAUCGGUGUUUUCGUUUGGUUUUAUUCUCUGUGAGGUUCCGGCAAAUAUUAUUCUUCAACGAAUCGGGGCGCGCAGAUGGCUUGCACUGACUAUGUUCCUUACAUCCAUUAUAUUGGCCAGUAUUUCUGCCGUACACAAUGGUCAGGGAUUGAUCGCGGGUCGAUUCUUUUUGGGUUGUGCUCAGGCAGGCGUAUUUCCUGGCCUCGUGUACUACGUCUCUUUGUGGUACACAAGAAAAGAGCAAGGUGCUCGAAUGGCAUGGUUUCUGGUGAUGGGAUCGGUUGGAUCGGCUAUUGGAGGCAUAAUCGCUUAUGGUAUUAUGCACAUGGAUUAUACUCGCGGUCUUCGAGCAUGGAGAUGGAUUUUUAUUCUUAUUGCCUGUCCAACAUUUUUGGCUGGAUGUAUUGUAUUCUCAUUCCUUCCAGAUACACCUGAGAAGCAAAAACGCUUUUUGUCUCCACGCGAACAAGCAAUUGCGGUGUAUAGACUCAAUGCAGAGAAAGGCGCAGCAACAGAGGAAAAAUUCUCAUGGGAACGGUUUAGAGCAGUAUUUACUGACUGGAAAACAUAUGCCUUCGCCUCAAUCCAAAUCACCUGCAUGGUGCCUAUCGUCAGCCUUGGCGUCUUUAUGCCGAGCAUUGUUAGAGGAAUGGGAUUUAGCAAUCUAACAGCACAAGGAAUGAGUGCGCCACCAUGGGUUGCAGCUGCUAUCGGUAUGGUGUUGGUGUCCUGGUAUUCAGAUCGAUUGGGUGAACGCGGCCUGCACGUCUUUUUUUCAUGCAUGUUAGCUGUCGUUGGGUACCUUCUGCUUAUUGUCUUGGUAGAUCAUGGGUGGGUAGCACUGUACGUGAGUGCCAUCAUAGCAACUUUUGGUGUCUUUGCAUCCAACCCACCGCGUGUCGCAUGGAACGCCAACAAUUUUGGGGAUCCUACAAAAAAGGGUAUUGCCAUUGCGUUUACGUCGUCUUGUGCAAGUAUCGGUAGUGUUAUUGGAGGUCAGGUGUAUCGCGGCGAUGACGCUCCACUUUAUAAGCGUGGUCAUGCCAUUGCGUUAGCAUUUAUAGGUUUAAGUGGACUUUUAUCCUUGUUGCUAAAAUAUCUGCUGCGACGUGAAAACAAGAGACGUGAAACCUUGUCAGUGGAGCAGUACGAAAAGGAGUCCCAUAAAAUCGGCGAUGAUCAUCCCGAUUAUCGCUUCAUCCAUUAAUAAGUUAAUUCACUCAAACUGUAAUUUUAUAAUUUUGUUAUCAGUACCGCGUUGUAAAU